CCGCCUUAUCAACUUUUACGACAGUCGUGAUAGAGGUGCGGACCGAUGGCUGCUGUCGUUCGAUGUUAACGCACUGUUAGCAUUUUCCAUCGUUCAUUUGGUGAAAUCCUGAUAUGUCUUCAGGAAUGACGGGACAAACACCCUGUUUAACCAGCCGUUGGGAUCGGCCAGCCCAGCCCAAACAAAACAUGGGGUUACAGCAGCAGAAGAGUACUGGCAAUCCAGCACUGCCUGCGUCCUUGUCGGGAGUCAUCAGCACUGCUGGUUCAAACCCCGUCUCCCACCUCCCACACACACAGGAGUCCACACCACAGGGAGGAGUAGUGAUGGCUGCUGCGAUGGCUGCUAAAAUAAACGCCAUGUUGAUGGCAAAGGGAAAACUCUUGACACCUCCACCAUUACUGACAAAGACACCUCCAAGUCUUCCUGUCCCGACCACAACAGAAGAAAUGGUGGUCACAGAGGUUGAUAUAAAUGACGUUCCUUUAAAUUGUAGGGAGCUUCUUACCAAAGGCAAAACACAAGAAGAGAUCCGACUGUUUAGUGGAGCUGUAGUGUCAACCAAAGGUCAUUACAUGACUGAGGCUGAAAGGGGAAACAUGGGCGGACAAAGACCCUUAUAUCUGCAUGUCCUGGGAAAAACUCAAGAGCAGGUCAAUAAGGCUGUAGCUCGCAUAAAAGAGAUCAUCUCUGAGGAUGUGGCAAGAGCCUCUGCAGCAUCAGGAGGGCAAGUUCCUGUAAUCCCACCUCUCACACUCUACCCUCAGCCUCCUCGACCGGUUAUUCCUCCUCCUGUGCCACGCAUGCCCAACACGAACGCAGUUCCAAGCCAGGGACAUCGGCCUGCAGCUCCUCACACGGGGAGUUUUGUGCACACAAAGAUUUUCGUGGGUCUGGACCAAACAUUGGCUUCAUUCAACAUAAAGGAGAAGGUUGAGGGUCCAGCUGGCUCAUACCUGAGUCACAUCCAGACAGAGACGGGCGCUCGAGUCUUCCUCAGGGGAAAAGGGUCCGGUUACAUAGAACAAGCUUCAAAACGCGAGUCUUUUGAGCCUCUCUAUGUCUAUAUCAGCCAUCCAAAUGCAGCUGGAUUGGAAUCUGCAAAGAAACUCACAGAAAGUUUACUAGAAACCGUGAGAGCUGAACAUGCCAGAGUGAUGUCAGCGUACGCCACCGCAAGCACGCCUCAGACAUACGCAGCACAUGGAUUUCCUCCCAAUAGCAAUUACCCUAACCAGUCCUCCUGGUAUAACUACCCGGCAAAUGGUUAUGCUGGCGGCUACGCAGCGUAUCCAGGAGCCAGUGGUUACUGGAGUAAUGCAAAUGGUCCCCCCAGUCAAUCUAACUUGUCGACAACCCCUCCAUCUUCUCAGGCAAUGGUUCAGUAUCCAGUGUGCCCUCGGAAACCACACCCCUUUCUUGUCCAGGCUCCGGGUAGCAGUGAGACUGUGGAACCUGAAGGAUCUCUAACCACCCCCCCUGACUCAGGAAGUACCAAACAACAUUCCCAGGAGGGGGCUAAGGAUGAACAGCCCAGCAGCUGCUCCCCAGAGGGUCCUGCUCACCUGGAGUCCACCCUUCCUGUACCAAGUGCAGAGGAGAAAGUUAAAGAUGAUAGGAUUUUGAUGCCCCCACCACCUCCCUCCUUUCUGGCUCCUGUUGGCGGUCCACGGAAGAGGCCUAGAGAUGCUGCACAGGAGGACGCGGCCAGUUUGCCCACCAGCUCCGCAUCACUGGGUGCUCAAGAAGAGGUGUGCGUGAAGAAGAGUAAGUUGAAGGAAGAUUCUUCGGGGCUUGUACCCUAUGGAGGAGAUUCUUCUGACGAUGAGGAGGAAAGGACACGCUGCAACUCUACCAGGAAAGACUUCCCCUGUGGACCUGUUCUCAGUAGUGAGUGGGCUGAGGAUUAAAAACUUCAUGCAGUUGUUUUUUGCUCAG